GAUUGCUUUACUUCUCUAAACACCUUCGGCAUGCACGAGGAAGAAAUAUACACCUCUCUUCAGUGGGACAGUCCAACCUCAGAGGCCUCUCAGAAGUGUCUGUCUACUAGCAAAUGUUCAGGAACAUGGUGUGUUGUGACGAAGAUUUCCUGUGUGAUCUGUGUGGGCUUAUUAGCAACAUCUAUUUUCUUGGGCAUCAAGUUUUUCCAGGUUUCCUCUCUUGUAACGGAUCAGCAGGAAAGACUCACCCAACAGGACAAAGCACUGAGAAACCAAACUCUGCAGCUGGAAAACUGCCAAGCCUUGCUACAAAAAUGGCUCCACUCAGGUAGUAACUGCACCCCUUGCCCACUCAACUGGAUUCAGAAUGGAAAAAGUUGUUACUAUGCCUUUAAAAGUUGGAACAUGUGGAACGGCAGUAAGGAGAGCUGUUUAAAAGAGGAUGCUAGUCUCCUUCAAAUAGAGAGCAAAGAAGAAAUGGAUUUUAUCUACAGCAUGAGGACACUCAGAGAAGCUGAAUACUGGGUGGGAUUGUUUCAAGAUGGACUCAGUGGAUCUUGGUUCUGGCAAGACAGCUCUUCUCUCUCUGACUUGUUGCCAACAAAGAGCAAGCAUUCAGCGGAGCAGCUCUGUGGAUACCUCAAAGACCGUAACUUCCUCUCAGAUAACUGCAAGAGCUGGAAAUAUUUUAUCUGUGAGAAGAAUGCAUUUGGGUCCUGCGUCUGA